GAAUUCAAGAUGGAGUCUUUUAGCGUAGUAGCUGCUGUCGAGGAGUAAGGAUCUGAUCCAAUUUUGGAUUUAUUUGUGAAAAAUAUGCCGAAGAGACGAAAUGGAGAAAUUCCUCUGCCGGACGGAUGGGAUGUUGGCCGCGAUUUCGACGGUAAAAUAUAUUUCAUCGACCAUAUUAACAAGAAAACAACAUGGAUCGAUCCUCGCGACAGGUAUACAAAGCCACAGACCUUCGCAGAUUGUGUUGGAGAUGAACUUCCAUUUGGUUGGGAAGAAUGUUUUGAUGACCAGAUUGGAGUAUAUUACAUUGAUCAUAUGAAUCAAUCAAACCAGAUUGAAGAUCCUCGACAACAGUGGAGACAACUCCAAGAAGCAAUGCUAAAAGAUUACCUUCUUACUGCACAAGAAGAUUUGGCAGCUAAAAAAGAAAUAUUUGACAUCAAACAACAACGACUUUCACUUGCUCAAGAUGAAUAUCAUCAUUUAACUGCUGCUCUUCAAGGUUUAAACUCUUGUCCUUCAAAUGUUAGUCUAUGCUCUUCAGGAUCUGCUGCUUCAUCAACAAGUAGUUGUACUACAAAAUUUGAUCCUGAUCUAUUGAAAGCCGAUGUUGCUUUGGCAAAAGACCGAGUUGCAAGGUUAAAGAGAGAACUGGAACAAAUACGAACAGAAAUGUACUAUAAAGAACAAGGGCUUGAAGCUUUGUCUCAGGUUGAUCAGCAAUUUUCAGGGCAGACUACAAGUUACACUUUAGCUGAGGCUCAAGCAAUCAUGGAAGAAUUACGUAACAUUCAAAAGUCUUUGAACAGUGGUGAAAAGGAAAAGGCUGAACUUAUGCAGAGCUUAUCCAGACUGAAAGAUGACUUAGCACGUUUACAACCCUCAUCACCAGAUGUUUCAACUUUGAAUAUACCCUUGGAGAAAUUUAGUACUGCUUCACAGACUGAUUUAUCAGGCGAAUUUGUUCCGAUUGGAGCAAGAUUGGCAGAGAUGGCUCGAAUGAGAUUACAAUAUGAUGAAGCUCGUAAGGAAGUACAUAGGAUUCAGCAGGACUUAGCAGAUCUUGAAGAAAGAAUGUCACCUGGGCAGACAGAAUCUGAUAAGGACAGGCUGCUUCUCAUUCAAGAAAAAGAACAACUCCUGCGAGAAUUACGCAGUAUCAACACAAAAGGUCGAAGUGAGGCUGAGAUUGUUUCUAUUGAAACAGAGAUAUGCAAGCUUGAGCAAGAGUUGGGAAAUGCUAUGGAGAUGUCAAAUAGAGCUAUUGCAGAUAGAUUAAAACUACAUGAACAGAAAAAUAUGUUGUUAUUACAGCUGAGAGAUUCAAUGCGAGUUACAAUGACUUUGGAGUCUCAGUUAAAGAGUUUAUCAGCUAGUACUUUAUCUGUGUCAUCUAGCAGCUCACUGGGUUCGUUGAGCACCGGUUCUUUAUCAGCAAGCAGCAAAGGCUCAUUAAGUAGCUUAAGUUUUACUGAUAUUUAUGGUCUGCCUCAGUGUUCAGCAGAUCCUUCUUUACAGGACUUGCAUAAACGCAUUGGACAUUUAAUUCAAGGAAGUUCUCCUGCCAUAGCAAGUGGAAAUUCAGAAGAUUCUAAUGUUCCGAUUUCAGUAGCACAUAGUGUUCCAUCACUGUCUCCACGUUCUUCUUUGUCUUCCAUCUCACCACCUGUUUCACCUUAUGAAUACGGACCACCUCCUAGUUAUGAGCAAACUCAUUUGGAAAGAUUGCAAAGACAAUUACCCAUGAGCAUAGACGAUCAGCUAACUGAUCUGAAGUUUGCUCCUUCUGCAGUAGAUGCUUUACGAACUGAGCAAAGUAUGUUUAGUGAUCAAAAGUUUCUUCGUCAAAGUGGAGGAUUCCUUUGUGGAGAACAAAAUGUAAACUUAAGGAAUGUAGGAGAAUCUUCAAACGAUUUGCAUUGCAACCCUCCAUUAAGUCCUAUUUGUGAGCUGGGGAGUGAUGAGUUGCAGACUUGUACAUUUACUAGCUCAAACAACCGUAGUGUUUCUGCUGCUGUCAGUGAUGAAUCAGUUGCUGGUGACAGUGGAGUGUUUGAAGCAUCGAACAAAAGGUCUGCUGAAGACCGUUUUGGUCUAAGUGAAUUGAACUUGGAAACUGCACAAGUUCAAAUAAAACUGAGGUAUUCAUUAGAGGAUGGGUUGCUUCAUGUUGGGAUUGAAAGAGCUCGCAAUUUAGCUGCAUUAUCUGUACCUAAUCAAUACAAAGUAUGCAUUAAAGUUGCCCUUCUCCCUAUAUCUUGUGAUGAUCUAAACACCUUCACAACUAGCAUAUUUGAAAAUUUAAACAAACCUGCAAUUGGUGAAAAUUUCCGUUUCUCUGUGCCAAUUGUGAAACUGUGUACCAAAACGCUUCAAGUUAAUAUUUGGUCUGUUAACAAUAAUGCAGAGGAAGAAUGUUUGGGAAGUUCUCAGGUUAGCUUAGCAGAUUUUUCUCCAGAUAGCACAAUUACUAAGUGGUAUAAUGUGCUAAGUUUUCGCUUUAUGCAAUUAGAUCAAGCACAAGAAAAAACACUCAAAAGAAAGGAAAAUGAUGAUAGAAGUGAAAUAGCUGAGCAUCUAAACAAAGCUUUUGUAUUCAAAGAAGAAAGUAGUGAUGAAUCUACCAUUAUAUCAUCACAGACUUCUACUUUGACCAGAAAUCAAGGCCCAGAAAUAGGUGAAUGUGGGGCAGUUGGUGAUGAUCUGGAUAGUGAAGCAGAUGAUGAUGAGGAUGACGAGGUGUAUGAUCUUCGUGACAUUGGAGCUGCAUUAAAAGAUCUGACUUGCAUUGAAUGUGGCACAGAAUGUUUUUUACAAGAAAAUGCAGCUACUGUGGAGCUAUGUGACAAGGAAACUAAUACUGAGUGUGUGUUCCUACCUGAAAAAGCAUUGAAGAAAAGGCCUGAGGAAACUUCUAAAAGUGCAGCAAUUAAAAGAUCACAAACAUUUUCUCCUAGUGCAGCUGUUAAUAAACACCAGUAUAUAUGCAGACUCAACCGUAGUGAUAGUGACAGUUCAAUGCCUCUUUAUCGAAGGGGUGGACCCUUUCAGCGAAACUCAAUGGAAAGAAGAAGUUUAAGAUGGAAAGAGCCACCUGUAGCUUGUUCAAAGCAUAGAAUUCAUAACUUCAUAAAAUCAGGAGCAGUAAGAACAUCUUUAGAUUUGGCUUUAGAUUUGCAAGCGUUUCAUCGCAGAUUAAAUCAGCAACAAGAAGAAAUUAAUCGACUUAAAGAAUUGAAAAGACGUUUAGAAGAAUCAAAACAGAAAGGAGACACAGACAUUUCUGAAUGGGCUGCUGAAAAUGCCAAUCUGCAACAAGUUUUGGCAGGAGUAAGCAAAGAAGUAAUAAAAUCUAACCCUGAAGAAAAGAAAAUUGAUAAACUUUUGAAGAAAACAUCUCGAGAAAUUUACAAACUUCGAAAAAGCCGGAAAAAACAACCUGACAUUACUUCUUUCAGGGAAAAAAUGGCCUUCUUCACGCGUGUCAACAUGAGUGUUCCUUACUUACCGACGGACCCUACGAAAGAUGUAUUUCAAGCCAGGAAAGAGAAUACUCAUUUAAGGCCUUUAGCAAAAAGUAGCAAUCAAGAAAAUGUGCAAAAAAGGUUUGAAUAUACUGUGGAUCCUGAAUUAGGUGUUCAAGUUUGA